ACCUCGCCAUUUCUCUCUUCGCUCUCGUCGCCAUUGAAAGCAGCAGUCAGUCUCUUGGUCGUACCUACGCUGUACUUCUCCUAUCGUCUCUUCUUCUCGAUAUCUCCUGGUUCUUUCUCUUCUCCCACGAUAUCUGGUUUAGGUUUUAAGAAAUGGGGGCUAGUAAAAUCAGGAGCUUUUCUGUCGUUGAUCGUGAUGCUUUAUCCCAUUUCAUUGGGAAUUUACGAAUUGGAUGUAAUAAACCUAAUCACCUCGCGCUUGCUGCUGUUCUUAAAUCGUGUACUGCUCUUUUUGCUGUCGGAUUUGGGGAGGCUCUUCAUGGUUAUGUUGUCAAGCAGGGGUAUGUAUCUUGCCAGUUUGUGUUUAAAGGACUGCUUAAUAUGUAUGCUAAGUGUGGCAAGCUUGAUGAUUGCAAGAGGCUAUUCGGUUUGAUGACUUACCGUGAUCCUGUUGUUUGGAAUAUUGUCAUUUCUGGAUUCUCAGGGUCUCAAAGGCAUAGCAAUGAGGUUAUGAAGUUAUUCUGUGCAUUCACUCGUUUAGGUGGUGAGGAUAAGCCUAAUCCCAUUACAAUUGCUACUGUUUUACCGGUAUGUGCUCGCUUAGGAGAUGUGGUGGCUGGAAAGAGUUUGCAUUGUUAUGUGAUCAAAUCGGGAUUUGAAUCGAAUAACCUUGUAGGAAAUGUUCUUGUAUCUAUGUACUCGAAAUGUGGACUAGUUUGUUAUGAUGCCUAUGCUGCAUUUAAAAGUAUUAGUCAAAAAGAUGUUAUUUCUUGGAAUGCCAUGAUAGCAGGGUUUUCUGACAAUGGAUUUAUGCAUGAUUCCGUCAAAUUGUUUAGUUGGAUGCUCAAAGGACCAACCGAACCAAAUUAUGUAACGAUCGCUACUAUCUUGCCUGCAUUUGCUUUUUUAGAUAAAAGGGUUGCUUCUCUUUUAGGGAGAGAAAUCCAUUGUUAUGUGCUGCAGCGAACUGAAUUAGUAGGAGAUGUUUUCGUUUGCAAUUCCUUGGUAAGCUUUUAUUUAAGACUUGGAAAGAUGAAAGAAGCUGAGUAUUUGUUCCAACAGAUGAAAUCAAGAGAUUUGGUUUCAUGGAAUUCAAUUAUCGCAGGCUAUACUUCAAAUGGUGAGUGGUUGAAAGCACUGGAUUCGUUUCGUAGGUUACUAAAUUCGGAUUUAAUCAAGCCAGAUUCAGUAACUAUUGUCAGCAUUAUUCCUGCAUGCGCACACUUCCGAAACACACAGAUUACGAAAGCAAUCCAUGGAUAUAUUUUUCGACAUUUAAUCAUACCUGACGAGGACAUAUCAGUGGAAAAUGCCAUGAUAAACUUAUAUGCAAAAUGCAAUGAAGUAGUUGUGGCAUCACAAAUAUUUUCGUUGAUGUCAAGGAGAGAUUUGAUAUCGUGGAAUACCAUGCUUGACGCUUAUGCUGAGAAUAAAUGUUGUGAUGAGUUUCUUAAACUAUUAGCAAAGAUGUUUUCAGAAGGAAUGAGGCCAGACUCCAUUACCAUUUUGACUGUUAUUCGUUACAGCAUUAAUGUUUCGAAAAUAGAAAAUAUUAAAGAAUCUCAUGGAUAUUCAAUUAGGGCUGGUUAUUUUCUAGAUAAUAUUCAGCCUACUGUAGGAAAUGCUAUACUUGAUGCAUAUGCUAAAUGUGGUAAUGUAGAGUAUGCUUCUAAGGUUUUCAAGAGUUUAUCAGACAAAACGAAUUUGGUAUCAUACAAUUCAAUGAUAUCAAGUUAUGUAAACUGUGGAUCACAUGACGACGCGUAUAUGAUAUUUAAAAAGAUGUCUGAAACAGAUCUCACAACUUGGAAUCUGAUGGUUCGAGUUUAUGCUGAAAAUGAUUGUCCUGAUCAAGCUCUUUAUUUGUUCUCCGAGUUGCAAGCUCAAGGAAUGAGACCUGAUGCCAUAUCUAUCAUGAGCCUUAUUCCGGUAUGUGCUCAGAUGGCCUCAGUUCACUUUGUGAGGCAGUGUCAUGGAUAUAUUGUGAGAUGUUGUUUCGAUGAUUUGCACUUAACGGGAGCUCUGCUAGAUGUGUAUGCAAAAUGUGGCGGGAUAGACUCUGCUUAUACGAUUUAUCAGUCGAACCCCAAGAAAGAUUUGGUCAUGUUUACAGCUAUGAUUGGUGGGUUUGCAAUGCAUGGUAUGGGAAAGGAGGCACUCAGUAUCUUCUCCGAUAUGUUAGAUAUAGGCGCGAAACCAGAUCAUGUUAUCAUUACUACUGUUUUGUCCGCGUGCAGUCAUGCAGGACUGAUGAGUGAAGGAUUAGAGAUAUUUUAUUCUAUCGAGGAUGUUCAUGGGAUGAAACCAACAAUGGAACAAUAUGCUUGUGUGAUCGACCUACUUGCUCGAGGUGGCCGAGUUGAUGAGGCCUUCUCUUUUGUGAACAGCAUGCCUUUUGAUGCUAAUGCAAAACUAUGGGGAACACUGCUUGGGGCCUGCAAGACCCAUCAGAAGGUAGUAUUAGGACGCAUUGCGGCGGAUCGUUUGUUUGAACUUGAAGCUGAUAAUAUAGGGAACUAUGUUGUGAUGUCAAACUUAUAUGCAGCAGAGGCUAGAUGGGAUAAGGUGAUGGAGGUAAGAAGACUGAUGAGGACCAGAGAUGUUAAAAAACCGGCUGGAUGCAGUUGGAUUGAAAUUGAGGGGACUAGGAAUGCUUUCAUAGCUGGAGAUUCUUCGCACCCUGAGAGAAGCUUUAUUUAUAGUAUACUUGGCACAUUGGAUCAACAAUUAAAGAACCAGUUUAGUUAUGACUUGGCAAAUGCGUAGUCAUGGUUUUUGGACAUGGAUGUAUAAGCAUUUACUUGGUAACUGAUUUUCAACAUAACUUUUUAUCUGGCUGCUUGGGCAUAUAGGAUUUGUCUGAGCAUCCGAGGUAAUCACAUCACAAUAUAGAUAAGACACAACAGUUUUAAACUGUUCUUUAUUUUUUAUAACUUGUUAUGUCCUAUUCUCCUCAGAAUGGCAAGCAGUACCUUCCAGCUGUCACUGUUGUUGUAAAUUCCUUUCCUUUCCUAGUUUUCUUUGGGGGUUUGAACAAUUUCUAUUGAAGUCCAUUUUUUAGCAGAAUAGAAGGUCAAUCUUAGAUUCCGAGUCUUUUUACCUUUUGAUGAUCAAAUUUUCUUGUUUUGCUGUUUAAUCAAAAUCUACCAAAGGAUUUAUGUCCA